UCAGUGCAAGCUGACGCCAGUCACCUGGGCCGGUGGCCGCUCAUGCUGGCCAUCGCGGCGGCAUGCUUCCUCGCUGGCCUCGCGGUCCACCCUGCGGCGCGCGAGACGAUCGCUGGCAAACUCUCGUAUACUAAGAACCCACACCUCGACGUUGCUGUGCGCGUGCGCGUCCUCAACGGCCUUCUGCAGGAGCGCUAUCCUGAAGCCUCGGGCGAACGCAUUUCGCGGCACGAUAACUGGGAUGCGCUGGACCGCCUAGCUUCCUGUCUCGAAACGAAUACGUGCACGGGGAGCGAGCGCAAGGUUCUCCUCCUUUCGAGCUACCACUUCGGGCGCUCCGAAGCCGGCGCGAACGGAGGCGAGGAGGUGUGGGCGCGCAGCAUGAUCUCGGCUUUCCAUCACCUCAACUACACGAUCCUCUACGCCUGGGGCAGUAUGGACACGCUGUUCAUCUACCAGUCCAUCCCCGAGAUGGUCACCGCUGUGUUGUGGGAGCAGGCCGAGUGGGGGCGUUGCAUUCGGCGCAACGAGAGCAACUACCUCGAAAUGGACAAGGAGGAGAAGCAGCCGAGCCCUUGGCAGACUGGGACGCAUGCGUGCAUUCAGAGCGAAAACUUUCCGCACGGCAUCCCGCACUGGAAAAGUUUCCAGUUCUUCUUCUGGGCCGACACCACAGUGCCUCUCGGCGGAAAGUGGAUGUUGUCACCGGAGGACUAUGAUGCUUUCCGUGGCGACAAGCCUGGGCACACAUAUCUCGGAUACUCGAUCGAAAAACGCUGUGACAUGUACCCGACGUUUACUGACCGGGAGCACCGCGCCCUUAUCCUUGCAAAGCACGCGGAAUACUUUGAGGAGAAGCAUAACUACUUCCACGGCCUCCUCGGCCCGGCGCGGGACGCCGUCAGGCCCACGCGCAACGACAAGGGCGAGGAGGUGCCGUUCGUGUUCAUCUCGACAGCCGACAACGCGGGCGACAAGAUUGACGCGGCCGGCGUGGAAACCGUGGGCAUGAAGGCACAGCGCGAGUGGACCGAGAUUCUGGCGCGCUCAAAGGCCCUGCUCGGCAUCGGGCAUCCGAUGCUCUCGCCGUCGCCAUACUAUGCGCUGUGCAUGGGCGUGCCCUUCAUUAACCCCAUCUACUCGUGGGACACCGAGCACCCGGACGACCGGAGCAAGUGGGCAACGCAGCAGGACGCACUGCGGUUCACGGAAGAGCCGUAUGUAUACCACGUACGCGGGCACGAUCAGGACGGGCUCCGGGACGCGCUACAGCGCGCCGCCGACACACCGAUUCCCCGAUACAUACCGCCUCACAUGCGCUUCGAGGCCGUUGUCGAGCGCGUCCGCAAGUUCGUCGAGACCGACUGGCACGCUGAGGCCCGUGCCUACGUCGCCGACCACUACAAGAAUGCCACCGAGUGGCAGUAUCUUGCCAUGGACGAGCCUGCCGAGCCUCUCCACCUGCGUGGCAAGAAUGUGUAAUUCUAACAGCGUAGAGUGAUAACAC